AAGUUCCGCCAUGGGAAGUCGAUUAAAUUUGCACCCAUCUUCUUGCUUAUCAUCAUUUCUAUCCAUCAUUAGCACUCUCCUCGCCGGCGCCGGUGGAUCCUCCCGGCCGCCGCCGAAAGUGCCUUGCUAUUUCAUAUUCGGGGACUCCCUAUUCGACGGCGGCAACAACAACCACCUCAACACGCCGAUGAAGGUCGAUCACUCUCCCUACGGCGUCGACUUCCCUUCCGGCGUCGCCACGGGAAGGUACUCCAAUGGACGAAACACGGCCGACAUAGUUGGCGAGCUGCUGGGAUUCAAGAGCUUCAUCCCGCCAUUUGCAUCGACGCCUAACGACUCUGAGAUACUCGUCGGGGUGAAUUAUGCAUCUGGGACCGCCGGAAUUCUUGUCGAAACUGGGAAAUACAUGGGUGAGAACAUAGACAUGAGCCAGCAAGUGAAGAAUCACGAACAGACGGUGUCACGUAUAGCUCAGAAAUUGGGGAGCAAGAAGGCUGCCGACGACCACCUAGGGCAAUGCUUGUACUUGAGCAAUAUGGGCAACAACGAUUACAUCGCUAAUUACCUCGUGACCCAAUUCUCCAACUUCAGCAAACGCUACAACCCUGACCAGUUCGCCGCACUUCUCGUCGAACAAUACUCUCACCAGCUCGUGAGAAUGCACGAAUUGGGGGCAAGGAAGGUGGGAGUCGCCGGCGUGAAUCGAAUCGGCUGCACGCCCGGUGCUAUAACAACCUACGGAACCAACGGCUCGCUCUGCGUCGAAUCCAUGAACAAGCUCGUGGUCCCGUUCAACAACCGCCUCGAAUCGCUCAUCGACAACCUCAACGCUCGUUUCUCCGACUCCGACGCAAAGUUCAUCUACCUGGACAGCACACUCGCCGGCGCCAUUGCCGGCCUAGCUUUUCCGAUCAAAUCGUCGCCGUGCUGCAAGGCGAGCCCGGCGACCGGAAUCUGCAUUCCCAACACGGAUCCUUGCAAGUUGAGAAGGGCGCACGCCUAUUGGGACGCUUUCCAUCCCACGGAAGCGGCCAGCCGCCUGAUCGCGCUCUUUUACCGGUGGGCUCUCGGACGAAUCUUGUGACGAACUGCUACUUCAGGGCAACAAUAAUAAGCUGUGAUCCGCUUUGCAGCAGUUACAUGCUCCUUUCCCUCUAUUUUGGGUGCUCUGUAAUCGUGUGUUAUCUUAUUCAAAAUAAAUUGUCAUUCCGUCAAUCCAACAAUCACGAAACACCCAACGUACAUAAUCGAACUUAACAAAUGCAAGUAGCAUUCAGAUAAGCAUUCAGAUAAGGACAACUGUAAUUUGAUUUCUCAAGAGCAACAGAAU